GGAGACAUUACGUGCGAUUUGCGCGUCACGCGCGUUAUUCAUAACGCAACGAAAGAGGAGAAAAAGAAACGUCUUCCGUCAGUAACGGCCGGCUUUUUGUUUCUCGCUCGUGCAAGUCCGAGAGUGGUUUGCCUCGUACGGAAUUCAUUUUUCCAUCGCACACGCUGAUCAGUGUUCGAAAGAGUCGAUUCGUCCGAGUGUGAAGUUCAGCAAAAGAGAAUCGCGGUUUUGACGAGCCUGGCCCGUCGUCGGAGCGCGAACGCGUUGCCGUGCACGGCUGAACGUCAAAUUCAGCGCGCAACGAAAACAACCUCGCUAUGUUGCGAAAUUCUCACCGCGUCGGUCCCAAACGCGUUUCGUUCGGCGGUGAAAAUUGAAUCGACAGGCGUAAGAGAACGACUGACGUUCGAAUUGGGAUCAAAGUCUGGUGACACAAAAGUGAGAAAGUAAACAAGCUGCGCGCGUGCACCGUCGUCGUGUACGCCAUGUGCGCCCGCUCAUGAUCGGCAAGUGCUCCGUGCAACGUUUCGAUUCGCGACAAGUCGUCGAAUUUCAUGGAAGGAAAAUCGUUUGCUCGGAACUGCGAAUUUUAGUACCGUUAAGAAUCGCGAUUGAAAUUGUCUCGCUUUCGAAAUCGCCGACGAAGUCGACGAGGAGAAUGCUCGAUUUCUCUGUUGGAACAGUGCACGUACCGAAACGAUAAGGUUAAGUCGCAGCUCGCCGAACAAAGAGAGAACAGCUGAAAUCGACUGAAAGACUUGGGUUGUCAAAGACAGGGCGUACGCUUCGUGUAUCCUUGUUUGGCGUAGCAAAAAAAAAGAAAAAGAAAAGAAAAGGAAAGAAGAAAGAAGAAGGGAAACGUGAACAGGAAGGAGAGUGCGCUCGUAAUAAAUCUCUCGUUUCUCGUCUAUAUUCUGUGUCGAACGUGGAAUAAGCGUUUUAGAUCGGGGUGAAAAGAAGUUGGACGAGAUACGUUUGAAAGUCAGCUGUUCGUCGAGGGGCAGAGCGCGCUGCGCUAAUUCCUUAUGGACUUUCGAUCGUUCCAAGUAUUUUACAUCGCAUUUCGUGCGCACGUGGUAAUCGCGAGACUAGCGUGACGGCAGCUCUGGAAACCAGGUAGCCGGUCGAAUAUCGUUGACUGGAUCUACGAAGAUACGGCGCUCGUCUCGAGGGUGUUGAAUCCAUCGAACGCUGUUCGUAAAAACCGGUUGCUCUUUCGUUUUCCCUACCGUGUUAACAAUUAGUGCCACGUCUUCGAACGAACAGUUUGAUAGAUCGUUGAACAUUCUUUACGAUUAACGAUCUUCCCCGAGAUGCAGAAGUGAUGGACGUCGCGAAUCGGAGGCGCAGCAGUCGGCUUCCAGCUCGUGUACGAGUCGAUUGAACGUCGUCUCCGACGAGCGACGUUUUCGACAUCGGAUCGGCAUAUCGAUCGUCAGAAAGUAAUUAUUCGCUUGGUUGUUUACCAGCGUCACGAAACGGCGGCCAGACUCCGUGCGUGUCGAACCGUCGAGGCACGUGGAUGUUAUCGAAGGAAAUUUGCCCCGAGAGGUCGGUCCGCAACGUGGGAGCGAUUACAACACAAGCCAGUUCAUUCAUCGUACGGAUUCCAGCGCACCGGAAGUGACGAGGACGAGAGUGCUUCCCCGAAGUUCGAAGCGCACGCACGAGCGCGAUAUAGUCAACUUUUGUAGAGAGUCGCGUGUAACGCGUGUGUAUAGCAGAGUUGUUUCGUGUGGAACGGAAAACGCCGAGUAGAGAGUAGAAGAGAGCUUGAUCGUGAGAGGGAACGAGCACACGGGUUCCAGAGAAGAACGCGCGCGCGGCACAGAAAGACGAAGAAAGGGGUAAAGGGGAAAGAAAAGGAAGCGGCGCAAGGCAUCGAGGAACAAGGAUGCGGUCGUGGCGGAGAAUAGCGGGCUGCCGGACGACCGAGCGUCCUGCGAGACGCACGGUCGCUCCUUGAAGGACACCGCGGUUUUCGUGACCGGAGGAUGGACUGCUCUGUCGAAGAAACGAGUUGCGUGCGAGAAGAGCAGCGCUCAUUCUUACAUGACGACCACGCUGUCUUGUGAACCUGAUUGUUCCAUUUCGUCGAGGCGCCCCGCCACACUCAGCGCACGAUUAUGCAGCUGAAGAAAGCGAUGCUUAAGAUAUUCGAUCAAUUAGGCCUGCACUUGCGGAGCAUCGAAGAACCGAGGAUGACGGCGGAGACGGCAGCUCCUUGUGUGCAGGGGAUGCAAGGGGUGCAAACUGCUAUGGCUGGUCAGGGUACGUUGCAACAGGUGCAAGAUGGAAAGUCCGCCGGUGGUUACUAUUCUUCGACUUCCGCCGUCUAUGACCCGGAAUAUGCCCGCAUGGAGGCUUGGCUCGACGAACAUCCCGACUUCGUCAACGACUAUUUUCUCAGGAAAGUGACGAGACAGACGGUAGAUAUGUGGCUGGUCUCGCACGCGACACCAACAUCAUCGUCGAGCAGCUGCAUGGAGCUAUCCAGUCCCACCCAUGCAGGUGGCACGUCAUCUUCCGGCCGGGGUGGUUCUGGCGGAUCAGGUGCCACAACGCCUGUUCGAAAAAUCUCAGCUCACGAGUUCGAACGCGGUGGUUUGCUAAAGCCGAUCGUGAACACGAUCGACGGGACGCCCACCUUUCUGAGUGUUUCGCCCGGAGAUUCGGGCCAACCAGGAGGUCAGCAGGUUAGCUCGGGAAACGCGGGCAGACCUCAGAGACGGUCCAGACAUGAAUUGAGGCAUCUCGAUGAGAAGGAUCUCAUCUUUGAAUUGGUGAAGGAUAUCUGUAACGAGUUGGACGUGAGAUCGUUGUGUCACAAGAUCUUGCAGAAUGUCAGCACCUUGCUACAUGCCGAUCGUGGUUCUCUGUUCCUUGUACAAGGCGAAAGAGGCGGCGGUUGCAUGCCUUCGCAAAAUUACGAUUCCUCGUCGAAUCAUUCGACUGAUAAUGCAAAUCCAGGGAAAACGGGAAACGCAAGCUCCGAGCAACGUGGAACAGGAUACUCCAGAAGCAGAUGUCUAGUGUCCAAGUUGUUUGACGUAUGUUCGAGAUCGACGCUGCUCGAAAUGGAGAAAAAGGACGAGAUCAAAAUUCCGUGGGGCACGGGAAUUGUCGGUUACGUCGCCGAAAGCGGAGAACCUGUUAACAUACCAGACGCUUACAAGGACGCGAGGUUCAAUCGUGAAAUUGAUGCAUUAACGGGAUACAGAACCAGAGCCCUUUUAUGUAUGCCAAUAAAGGAUUGCAACGGAGAUGUUAUUGGAGUUGCACAAGUUAUCAACAAACUCGGUGGUGAAAGUCAAUUUACUACGCAAGACGAAAAAAUUUUCGCUGGAUACCUGCAAUUCUGUGGAAUUGGAUUAAGGAAUGCGCAGCUGUAUGAAAAAAGUCAAUUAGAAGUGAAAAGAAAUCAGGUUCUGUUGGACCUGGCUAGGAUGAUUUUCGAAGAGCAGAGCACGAUAGAACAUAUGGUUUUAAGGAUUCUAACGCACACGCAAUCCUUGAUACAGUGUCAACGAGUACAGGUUCUUCUCGUGCAUAAGGCAUCAAAGGGCAGUUUCUCACGAGUGUUUGAUUUCGAGGCGAACGACCUCACCGGCGAGGAUUCAGAUUCUCGCACUAGUCCAUUCGAGGGCAGAUUCCCUAUAAAUGUCGGCAUCACUUGUUAUGUCGCUACUACCGGCGAGACCGUGAAUAUACCGAACGCCUACGAAGAUCCAAGGUUCGAUCCUUCAGUAGAUGAUGGUUCUGGUUUUAGACAUCGUACUAUUCUCUGCAUGCCCAUCAAGAACUCGUCGGGUCAGAUUAUCGGCGUCAUUCAACUCAUCAACAAGUUCGACGAUCUUCUCUUUACGAAGAAUGACGAGAACUUCGUCGAGGCAUUUGCUAUUUUCUGUGGCAUGGGAAUUCACAAUACGCACAUGUAUGAGAAAGCUGUAAUAGCGAUGGCCAAACAGAGUGUCACGUUAGAAGUGCUCAGUUACCAUGCUUCCGCAUCAUUGGAAGAUGCACAAAGAUUAAGGGGUUUAAGAGUGCCUUCUGCAGCGUAUUUUAAAUUGCACGAUUUUAAAUUCGAUGACAUUUAUAUGGAAGACGAUCAAACUCUAACAGCGUGUCUUCGAAUGUUUUUGGAUCUUGACUUCGUAGAACGUUUUCAUAUCGACUACGAUGUUCUUUGUCGUUGGCUUCUUAGUGUAAAAAAGAAUUACCGAAACGUCACAUAUCACAAUUGGCGUCACGCGUUCAAUGUGGCGCAAAUGAUGUUUGCCAUUCUAACUGCCACACAAUGGUGGAAAAUUUUUGGAGAAAUUGAAUGUCUCGCGUUAAUUAUUGCUUGUUUGUGUCACGAUCUGGACCACCGGGGUACGAAUAAUUCUUUCCAAAUCAAAGCCUCUUCGCCAUUGGCGCAGCUUUACUCAACAUCAACGAUGGAACAUCAUCACUUUGAUCAGUGUCUUAUGAUAUUAAGUAGUCAAGGAAAUCAAAUUUUAUCAAAUUUAUCUCCCGAAGAAUAUUCUCGUGUGGUAAAAGUUCUCGAAGAAGCAAUCCUCUCUACCGAUUUAGCGGUUUACUUCCGAAGAAGAGGGGCUUUCCUUACCUUAGCUCAAGGUGAAAGUUACAAUUGGGCUUACAGUGAUCAGCGAGAACUUUUAAGAGGGAUGUUGAUGACCGUAUGUGAUUUGGCAGCCAUAACUAAGCCUUGGGAUGUUGAAAAGAGAGUGGCAGAAUUAGUUAGCAGCGAAUUUUUUGAACAAGGAGAUAUCGAAAGGCGGACUCUCAAUAUCACUCCUAUUGACAUUAUGAACCGGGAAAAGGAGGACCAACUGCCAAUGAUGCAAGUUGGCUUCAUCGAUUCGAUAUGCCUCCCUAUUUACGAGGCAUUCGCUUUGUUAUCGGAUAAAUUGGAACCGUUGGUCGAAGGUGUUAGAAAGAACAAACAACAUUGGCUCGAGAUCGCGGAAUCCAAAUGUAAAACAGACAACUGUACGAAUCAUGAUAGGACGCUGUCAGUGUCCGAUACUGAAGAAACUAGGGAACAGGCGGACCAGUAGUCAUUAUUUCAAUGGACGCGGAAACAUGAAAUGGAGACAAAUGUACACGGAUAGUUUCUACCUGUUUUUUUAGAACGAAGAAUAAACAGAACACGAUGUCAAAGGGAGCAGCAGAUGAUGAUCACUGUCAUACGUUUGAAGAGCUUCACACCUUCGUCUCGAUACUAGGUAUUACAAACAUCGUGAGUUAAUUUAUUCAUUUAUAUUAAUCAUCGCGGCACGUUCUUUGUAUCUAUGGUUCAUAGUAUUACAAGUAUAAAGAAAAAGUUCUUCAAAGCCAUAUGUAAAACUUCGUUUGUUUCGAUGGAUCGUUAAUCGUAUGUGUUGAGUGUUUGCCAGUUUUAUUUAUUUGCAUGCGAUUCCAAGUCGAAAAUUAAUGCAAAUAAUUCAUCCUAAAAGAAUAAAAAUUAUUUCUAGCCAGAUUAUCGUGUACGCUUUAUACGUUGGUCGAUGAAAUCAGAGAAAUCAAGGAGGCUGAAGGUGAUUAGUUUAAGACGAUCGAGAAGCUUCGUCCUCUCUAAAAACAGAUCAACCCCGAGAUGCUACUCUUGUACCUGAUCGUAUUGUACGUAUACUUACUAUGGCAGAUCUUUGAUGUCCAGAGAGGACGAAGAAGAAGAACGAUAAAAUAUGAGAAAUCCAAUAGGAUAGUAGAAGCUUCUUUUCUCUUCGUGUGCGAAUUCUAUUGCGAAUUGAAGACCUGUGACUUGUGACAUAUUUUAUGCUUUUACGUAUAAAUAUAAUAUCGACGAUAAAUUAUGGCAAUGUAUUUUUCAGCAGAUAUAUAUAAAAUUGCGCAAUUCACUAGAAUUUCGUGCGAGGGAUGAAAUAACGGUGCUAUCGAAGUAGAUAAAAUAGUACUGUUCGCUCAUUAAACGCUUUUUUUCUUCCUUCUUUUUUCGUUCGUAGAACUGAUAAAAUGACAAUGACAUUGUUUUGUUCAAAAAUCUAAACAAAACCUUUCGCGAAACGAGAUGGAACGAGUAAAAGCGCGAAAUUGAAUUUUGAAUACGUAUUGAAAUUAAAAUGCGUAUUAUCAAAGUAUGUAUUGCUUGAUCAAAGAGUGGCUUGUUGAAAAUUUACUUCCAUUUUUCUCAUUAUACGUGUAAUUAUAAUAUGUUGUAGAUAUGUCCGUUUGCAGUAUUUUAAGCGAUAAGAAAAUGACGUUAUUUUUAUUUUUGUUAACAGGGAACAUUGAUAGUUAUACAAAUUUUAUACGAGUAUGGCUUAUUAAAUUCUUAGUAAAUAAGAAAUGAAACUGUAAAUACAACAAAGUAUGUAGAAAAAUGUUUAUAAGAUGUUAAGCAUGUGUGUAUAUGAAUCUCGUUCUUUGACAAAAUUACAGGUCUUCAAUUAUAGCGAGACAGAUGAUUCCACGAUAAUUACGUAAAUGUGGGUAAAGAAUACACAGGUCUGUCUUGAGAUCGCGUUUACAGGGAACUUGUCUCCGAUUUAUGGACUCGUCCGACCAAGAUCGAGUCUUUCGUGUAAUUAUAUAAUGUAUUCAUAAACCAAAGUGUACGUUUAUACAUAAAGAUCAAUCGUGAUUUUUAUUACUCAAUACCGCAACGAUUUUAAAUGCUGUUGCGCGUGCUAAUUAUUACGAUUAGUGAUUAGAUGUAACGGGAAUUAAUUUUCUCGUUGCUUAUCUUGCUUAUCUUGAAUGUUUUGUGACAUCGUUUAGAUUCGAGUAAUCGUUUUCCUCUUCGCGCAAAGCUAUCGUUUCAGAGUAUAACAAUUAAAAUCUAGGAAAUAUUUGUAAGAAACGCCACGUCUGUAUAAUAUGUGUCUCUAUAAUUUCGGAUAGACAAGUUCUUGUUAUAUCCUAAAGGCAUAUUAACGAUUAUCAUAAAUUAUGGAUCAAAAGAAUGAACAUAUCAUUGCGAUUUUAUUAAUGUUGUUAAAAAUUCUGACUUGUGUGUUAUAUCAGUGAUCCGUACACUGGCACACACACAUCGAUAUAUCGAGGCUUGGAACUAAAUAAAUGACGUUAAAAGGCGAAGUUUAAACACGUUUGGCUAGGCGGUGCGUCGCAAGCAUGAUACUUUGGUAAAUUUUUUGUUUACUAAAUAUCCAUUUGUAUCAUCGAAGGAUACUCAUUUUUUGGGAGGCUUCUCUCGAUUUCGCAGUGUUGCAUAUUGUCAGAGUUACAUAUCCAACCUCAAGGUAGAAACGUAGCUUUGCGAAGACGAAAACACUUCAGGAUUCGUUCGCGUGUGAUCAUUACUUAUAUUGGUAGUCUGUAUUUUAUAUAUGUUCCUUUCAUCGUUCUGAUGUUCUUUUUUUCUUUUUCUAAUCGUUAAUGAAUUGUCAAUUUUAACGAUUCCAUAAUUGGAGUAGGAAUGUGUAAGAAGUGUGAUAAAAAUUAUUCCGCGUGUCUGUUACAGUGCGAGUGAAUGUUAUGCCGACAGAAGCGAUAUAAUGUACAGUUUUCGUGUAAAUUAUUGAUACGUCAAAAUGAAGUUGUUUAGCGUGUAUGUUGUUUACGUUAUGAUUUAACAUAUAGUAUGAGAGUCAUAUAUUAUACCGAACAUUUAAUAUAUUAAAACAAGACUAAAUUAUGUGAUAUAUCUAUAA